AUGCCAAUGGCGCCAUAUGAUGCAAUAAUCUGUGACUUGAGCGACCUUCUUUUCACUUGGUCUGCUCGGUCUAAUUGUACACUUUCCACGGAACUUCCCCUCUUGAACUUCUCCUCUUCGACGUGGCUCGAGUAUGAGAAAGGCCGCAUCUCCCAGGAGACAUGCUACGCCCGUCUCGGACACGAAUUCUCCCUCGAUCCAGUCGACAUUCGCAAAGCAGCCGAAGACUCCUGUGCCUCCCUGAAAUGGGACACGAAUCUGGAGAACUUUUUCCACGGACUCAAAGAUGAAAAUCGCGAAACGAUGUGCGUCUUUGCCAUGUUCAAUAUAUCACAGCCAGGCUAUGAAGCGCUCUGGAGCGUUUCGGCGGAUAUGAAUUGGUCAAUCUUCGAUAGCAUCUUCACAUCCUUUGCAGCCGGUAGGCGUAAACCCGAUCUGGGUUUCUACCGCUUAUUUCGAGCGAAAGAGGAAGUUGUGGUAUCUAUGAUGGAUGAGAUGUUGAUGUAUGUGAACGAAGACGGAGUCAUACAGACAUACUUUGACCAAACUCGGCCACAAAUCGACCCCGUCGUCUGUGUCAAUGCUCUCAGCAUCUUCUAUUCUUAUGGUCGGGGAAAUGAGAUGAACCAGACGUUGGAAUGGGUAUACCAAGUUCUCCUCCAUCGUGUGUACAUCCAAGGAUCGCGGUACUGCGAGACAGCAGAGUGUUUCCUCUUCUUCCUCUAUCGAUUUAUUAGCGGCUGUAAUAACCCAGUAAUCCAUAGUCGUUUCUAUCCGCUCCUAAAAGACAGAGUUACGGAGAAAAUUGGAACGGAAGGAGAUGGACUUGCCUUUGCGAUACUCUCCGAGGGCUCCAGCGUGAAGAUGGAGGAUGGGACACUGGUUUGA